GAACGGUGGGAGUCAAGCAGUGUAACGUUUCUUUAGCUGUUAAAGUAUUCAUGGAGAGUGUCGGCUUUUCCACCAACAGGCGUAGGGUACAUCAAGAAGAACAAAAAAUUCAUGCUGGCUCCUAUUUUUUUCGACUGGCCAAACCGCGGACGUAAAUGCCUACAACAGAGAAUACCAAUGUGAUGCAUCUUCACGAGAGAAAUAUCACUCGACUAAGAUGGGUAAUAAGCAAACGAUAUUUACUGAUGAACAGCUAGAUGCUUAUCAGGAUUGUACCUUCUUCACACGCAAGGAGAUUCUUCGCUUGCAUGGACGAUAUCACGAACUGGCUCCACAUUUGGUUCCAAUGGACUACACUAAUGAUCCUGAUGUUAAAGUUCCUUUAGCUCUCAUAGUCAACAUGCCGGAACUAAAGGAAAAUCCAUUCAGGAAUCGAAUAGUGGAAUCCUUCUCUGAAGAUGGACAGGGGAACCUCAGCUUCAAUGACUUUGUGGACAUGUUUUCGGUUCUCAGUGAAAUGGCACCUAGAGAACUAAAAGCAAUUUAUGCUUUUAAAAUAUAUGACUUUAAUGUGGAUAAUUACAUCUGCAAAGAGGAUUUAGAAAAAACUUUAAACAAGUUAACAAAGGAGGAGCUUACACCAGAGGAGGUUAAUCUGGUAUGUGAGAAGGCCAUUGAGGAGGCUGACCUUGAUGGAGACAACAAGCUCUCUUUUGCCGAUUUUGAAAACAUGAUUUCCAGGGCCCCUGACUUUUUAAGCACCUUCCAUAUACGAAUCUAAAUCAGCUACAGCAGAAGAUACCAAUGCUGAUGUCCGUUAAAAGACAAGUCCACAUCAGAGGAUAAACAUCUAUUAUUGGUUUCCUGCCAUUUUUGCACCAGAAGCACUCUUGACAGGAUUACUGACAAAAGCAUGUUUUUUUUAUCAAUGGAAAAUGUAGGAGUAGAAAUCGUUUGUAUAUUUUUUUUUCAAAAAGAUGAAAUUGAAAGGUGAGGCCUUUUGUGGGUCCCAGGACCCGCACACAUAGUCCUGGACAAAAAUGAACACAGGCUUUUAUUUUAAGUAUCCAUAACACACUGGACUGAAUUUUGGCUCAAAUAAAUAAUGAGACAGUUUUUGUUUUUUCAAGAAAGAAAAAAACUAAAUGGAUAAGAAUAUGAAUGAGAGGGCUAAAAGCACAUCACUGGUAUUAAUGGCACUGGAUCAGUGUUUUCUAAAGCUAUGCAAUCUGUUUCCAUAAAAUGCAUGAAAUAGAUUACAUUCCCCACAUUUUCCCAUUCCCAAGUUCUCUACUGCUCUACAAUUUCGUAGUUUAAUUGCUUAUAGAACUGGAGCAUGAUGACAAUCAUAUAAAUGUUCUCCAGUUGAAUGAAGGGCUCAGUCAUUAUAUAUUCUUCUAUGGUCUUAUUUCAUUCUCUCUCCAUGUGUCUGCUCCUUCUGUCCUAAUUUGAGGUGUUAGUCUCUUACCUAUGAAUUUACUCAGACUUUGUUGUGAUAGAGGGCAUUUUACUUAACUUUUAAUAAAGAUUUUGUGCUGA